AUGAGAAGAUUACUGACGGUUGAAUUGGAUAUGCAAGCACCAAAGCAAACUAAAGUUCUGGCUAAACCUGGUAAGGGUACACCUAAGAAAACCGCGUCAGCGGGGAAGUCCGUAUCAUCAGAUCCCAAGGUUGAAUCCGAAGGAUUGUCAACGUCCCCAAAAAAUGAGGAACAGGGCGCAAAAGCAGAUAAGAAGUCUGAAGAACCUUCUGGGAACGGUGAAACCGAUGUGCAAACACCAGAACAAAGUCACAAACUUCCCGUUAAUCCCAGUGGAGACUCCUGUCCUGAGACCAAGGUGCCCACUGAAAAGUAUGAAUCAUCCGAUCCUAAGGUUCCAUCAGAAGGGUCAUUGGCACCAUCCCCACAAAAUAAGGAACAUAGUAAAAAGAAAACGGAGAAGCCCAAGGAACCUCAAGUAAAUGGUGAAACUAAUAAGCAAACACCAGAACAAAGUAUAUCUCCCGUCAGUCCUAUUGGAGCAUUUUUUAAGAACACCGCUUUAGGCAAAAUAUUUAAAGAACAAAAUCCUGCGGUUGAAUCAGAUGGACCAUUACCAGCCUCACAGAAUAAAGAACAAGGCGUAAAAGCGACGAAGAAGCCCGCAGGACGCUCCAGUACAACGAAACAUAUUUCAACUACGAAUAAAAGAUGGGUAGGCUUCGGUGUGUCCAAUUCUGCUUUUAAUACAGCAGUGGGUUGCUUGUACUUCGUACCAGUUCUUAAAGAUCUUUGGAUUAUCAUAUUUAUUUCUGCAGCUAGCGGAAGCAUAGUUGUUGUGCUCUUGAUUCUGUUAUACCUGUGUAUUCGUGGAAAGAAAUGGUCAAGAAAGUCGAAUAAAAAAUUGACGCCCAGAACUCCGCCCAAAACUAACAAAAACCCAAAUGUACCUAAGAAAUCAGAAGCACAUGGGAAACCAACAGUACCUAACAAACCAUAA